CAUACUGCGUUGUACCAUAGAGCAAGGACCUUUUUUACAAUUUUUUUUUCUCAUGUUUAUAAAUUAUACUGAAUUUUGAACCGACUGCUAAAUGGAUCAACUCUGAUGCUAGCUAGAUGCGUCCAGUUUGUAUUCAACUGUCUGCCUUCAAUCAACCUGGAUAUUAUCGCAGUGCAUCAUGGGUAAAGGUCAGCAAGGUCAAGUGGUGACCCGGGUCGGCAGGGAUGCAGCCUACAGCUGGGAUGAAAUCAAGAAACACAACAGCCGAUACGACAAAUGGUUGGUGAUUGAGAACGGCGUGUACGAUGUGACUCGGUGGAUGACCAAACACCCAGGCGGCUUCAAGGUUCUGUCUCACUAUGGAGGGGAGGAUGCUACCGAGGCCUUCGUUGCUUUCCAUCCCGACAAGAGUCUGGUUAGGAAGUACAUGAAGCCUCUAUGCAUUGGCACACUGGAGGAUAACUCUCCCAAGAGUGAACUUGUGACCGACAUGGAGGCCCUCCGUGUGAAGGCUGAGGGGAUGGGUCUCUUCAAAGCCAACAUGUGGUUCUACGCUGCCUACUUUGGCCACAUCUUGGCCGCCGAGGUUCUAGCUUGGCUGUUGCUGUGGUACUUCGGCGUCGGCUGGGUGCCAUAUCUGCUGGCAACGGUUCUACUCACCAUAGAACAGGCCCAGUCCUCCUGGUUUCUUCACGAUUUGGGCCAUCUGUCGGUCUUUCGCAAAUCACGCUGGAAUCAUCUCUUGCAGUACUUUACAACUGGUGCUCUCAAGGGUGCCUCGAGCCACUGGUGGAACUACCGUCACUACCAGCAUCAUGCUAAGCCCAACAUCAUCAGGAAGGACCCUGAUAUCAAGAUGCCCUACCUCUUUGUCUUGGGAGACAAGCAGCCAGUCACCUGGGGCACUAAUAAGAGGAAGUACUUCCUACCUUUCAACUACCAACAGAUCUAUUUCUUUUUCACACUGCCGCCUCUUCUGAUGCCCUUGUAUUUCCACCUGGAGUAUUUCGCGCAUGUAAUCAGGAAAAGGCUGUGGAAGGAUCUUGCUUGGAUGUGCGUCUUCUUCAUCAAACACGCGUUGCUCUUCGGUCCAUUGCUUGGAGGUUUUGGCCUCUUCUUUAACUACAUGUUUGUCAAGUUCCUUGAGAGCAACUGGUUUGUCUGGACCAGCCAGAUGAACCACAUUCCCAUGCAGAUAGACCAUGAUCAACACAAGGAGUGGUUACCAGCUCAGCUGCAGGCUACCUGUGAUGUGGAAUCUUCGUUCUUCAACGACUGGUUCACUGGCCACCUCAACUUCCAGAUUGAGCACCACCUUUUCCCCACAAUGCCAAGGCACAACUUGUACAAGAUUGUUCCUGACGUCAAGGCGCUGUGCAAGAAACACAACAUUCGCCAUCAGACAAAGAGCCUGAGCCAGGCAUUCGCUGACAUCAUCCGUUCCCUCAAGCAUUCCGGAGAGCUGUGGUAUGACGCCUAUUACCACACAUAGGCUGACAUUCAGAUGUGAUCGAUUGAUUAAUUGAUCAGACCUGAUUGACUACAUUGAUUAUUGGUUGAUUGAUUGAGUACCUUGAUGAUUGGGCUUUGCUUCAAUUGUUCUGCACCUGUGGCUUAACAUCAUAUCAAGCGAUUACCAAUGUGUUUCGAAUAUAAUCAGUUCUUGUCUAAAUCCUACUUAAAAACUGUAUUAAAAUUGUAACUGAAAUAUUGUGGUUGAUGUUAGUGUGAAAUGGACAACAGUCAGUCUAAGUACUUGAAAUACUCGUUACUGAAAUCCAGAAAUAAAACAAUUUAUUUAUUAUCAAGGCAUUAACUCCAGAUUCUUCAAAAUCCAACAAGAAGUUUGGGAGGGCUGUGCAUCUCAUGCAGUUUGGGAGUUUUGGGUUUUGUCUUUGUUACUACAAGAAAGUUUCUUGUAGCCUAAAAACACUUGAGUCUUCAAGAAGUAUAAUACAAAUUACCAGUGAAUUCGUGCAGCUAUUAAUCCACACAAUAUUACUUUGUAUAAAGUUGGGAGAAAAGUUCACCUUAAAUUACAAAAUGUAGCAUUGAACAUUUUGUGGUCUUUAUAACUUGUUGCUAGUUUUUGCCACAGCAGCUGAUAUUGGCAUUGCUACAUCGCAGCUGAAAUAAUAUAUAUCUUUAACUUGGUUUUCUUUACUCUGAACUACAAAACUACCAGUAGGCCAACAUGUAUGAAAUAUUUACUUUAAUUAAGGGGAGUAUUUCAGUUAUGUUACCAAAAUAUAUGUCAAUAUGCUUAGAAAAAAAUACUGCAUUUGGUACUGUUCUUAUACACUCAACCAAAAAAGAAAGUCCCCGCCCCACUACGUUUUUGUCUUCACUCAAAACUACUGCGCACAUCUUGCUCAAGCUAUGACUAAUCAGAAAUUCCUUAGCAAUCCAGCCACACUCUUUAUUUGGCCCAAAAACAGUGAUAAAAAUGUACGAAAUUAUGCAAUUGACGAUAUGAUACCGAAAACAGUUGCAAAGUUGUUUGUAUACGUUCAAGGUGACAUGUGAACCACAACUUGCACGUGUACAAAAGUGCAACUGUUUUCGGUAUCAUUUGUCAUAAAUUG